UCGCUGUUUUCCCCUGAUUUCCAUAUCUCCCAAUAACUUACCGGGCAAUCUACGGUCAGACGAGAGGACUCAAAUAAAAACAAAAAUCAAGAAUCCUUUAGAAAGCAAUUUGACGGCACGGCCAUAAUUGAGAGGCCCUAACUGCGCCGAUCCGCUUGAUAAUGUUUCGCAACAGAAAGAACUCCCAGAAGCCCGAUGAUGAACUCAUCACCAGAUUCCAGAAGACUUUCCAGGACGUUGUUCCUCCAGUUACCAGCCGCAAUGCCGCGCGUUUCGGUCAGGUCCCCGGCGGCCCAAUUACUCCGGCUAGGUUAAGCAUGGACGGCGAUCUAAAGCCCAACGAUAUCACGCCGCGUGCUACACACGACAUGCGGUUCGCACAGUCAUACGUCGACCCCAAUGCAGUGUCCUAUAUCAACCCGAUGAACCCUCAUGGCUACUACACUCCGAACUCUGGGGGCCUGGGAGCCGUGUACCAUAGUCAGGCGGGAGACUUGCAUACCCCCGGCAUGGGUUUGAGCAUGAUCACUCCCCUGUCUCUGCCCCAGCAGCUCUCUGCAACCACCAUCAACACCGAUCCUGCAACCAUGGGUCUCGACCAUUUCAAUCCGCAUUUCCUCCCGUCACACUUCCAUAACCCGCAACCGUUUGCUCAACCGGCGACGUUUGCACCUGGUGCAUUUGUUCCGACCGAUACAGGUUACGAUGCCAUGGACGAUUCUGUCGAUGAAAUGUCUCUAAAUGAUGUGGAUAUGCAGGGUAAUGCUACUACUCAAUUCGUCCCGUCGAUGCAAGACGACCAACUCAGCAUCCAUAAUCCCGGUGAAAGUUUUCGCUAUCAUGUCACCUUGCGCGCUCCAACGGCAAUGAUUAACCACCAAGCCGAGAUACCCGUCACAUAUCUCAACAAAGGCCAAGCAUAUUCAGUAUCUGUCGUAGAUUCGACGCCCCCGCCGAUGACCGGGCAAUUGCUGAGGUAUCGUACCUACAUUCGCGUGUCGUUCCAAGAAGAAGAGCAAAGGGCAAAGCCAGGCGCUUGCUGGCAGCUGUGGAAGGAAGGACGAGGCUCCAAUGAGGCACACCAACGAGGUGGCAAGCUGCAAGCGGUUGAGUAUGUCGAUCCGGUCCAAGGAGGCGUUGAUGACGCGAAGAGUCGUCAGAUUCAGCUCGAAAGUGCAUCGUUUGAUGGCUUCUGCGUGACCUGGACGGCGAAUCCGACGACUGGAUCGUCGGACUGUGCCAUUUCUGUUCGGUUCAACUUCCUGUCGACGGAUUUCAGUCAUUCCAAGGGUGUGAAGGGCAUUCCGGUCCGAUUAUGCGCGAAAACCGAAAUGCUUUCGCCUGAUGAAGUGGCUUCGGGCCCGGGCAAGGAGCCAGAGGUAUGCUAUUGCAAGGUGAAACUCUUCCGCGACCAUGGAGCCGAGCGGAAGUUGUCCAACGACGUCGCCCACGUCAAGAAGACAAUCGACAAGCUUCGACAGCAGAUCACUCAGGCGGAGCUAGGAGCUGGCAGUUAUGGCAAGCGGAAGCGGAGCAGCGGCUCAAUCGCCCUGAAGGGUGCCGAUCCUCGCCCCGCCAAGAUCACGAAACACAAGCGAACAUGGUCCAUGAGUUCACAGGACGCACCGGGCAAGAUGUCAUUGGAAGAUGAUCUGCACGCCAAACUUGCGCUCAUGCAGGACAUGUUCACGUCAACCCGGCCAGUGAGCAUUCUAGGACUGCGAGGAGAGGACGAAGACGAUCCGGAUCUCUUUCCGGUUGCCUUGCCCGAAUCGCGCGAGUUCAUCAAGAGAGAGAACAGCCGCAGCUCUCGGUUCAGUAUCGACGGAGUGUCCUUGCACGCCGUCUCACCCACGAGCAGCAGCAUUUCGUUGAACUCACCUUGUCACCCUCCGACUACGCAGUCUAAUCUCUAUUACGACUCUGGGUAUCACGGUUCCAUGAACAACUCGAGAGAGAAUUCACACCCUUGUUCGGAAGCCAUGGGCGACAAAACUUUGUUGAAGCAUCCGGUCAAAGUUCAGAAGGUCGCAGACAAUGACAACGCCGUCCCAGUGGGCUACAUCGAAGCAGUAGAUAUCGAUCCAACCUACAGGCCCCCAACAGAGCGACCAGUCAGACCUAUUGCAUGUUUCUACGUCCGGUUCCCGCGGAAUGAUCAGUCUCAGGAUGAUUAUUACCGUGCUGUCUACCUGACGGAGCGCACCGUGCGAGACCUUAUGGAGAAGAUCUCGAUGAAGCAGCGGAUCGACCCGCGACGUAUCGUCCGGGUGCUCCAUGUCAAGCAGAAUGGCCUGAAGAUUAUGGUCGACGACGAUGUUGUUCGUGAACUGCCAGAUGGCCAAGACAUGGUAGUCGAGAUCUCAGAGACGUCCACUUUCGAAAGUGCGGCGGCUACAGGCGCAGAGAGCGCGAAAACUGUCGAAGUCAAGCUGAGCUACUAAUAUGUCUUCAACUGACGGAGACAUUGACGAUACUUCCCCACCCUUUCAUUUUUGCGUAAAAUCUUCUCUUUCAAAU